CAAUGUUCUUGCAAUCCAGGUUUCGAAGGAAAUCCUUAUCUUUCUGGUAUUUGUCAAGAGGGUAGAGCAUACGACGAUUACCGGCGGAGAAUCAAAGCUAAAAUGGCAGGCCUAGGUGUUGGAGUGGGAUUUGGAGCACUUUUUCUACUCAUUGGUUUAUGGUGGUUGUACAGAGUAUUCAAGAGAAAGAGGAGUGAAAAACUAAAGAAAAAGUACUUUAAGAGGAAUGGUGGUCUAUUACUGCAAGAACAACUAUCUUCAGGUGAAGUCAAUGUCGAGAAAAUCAAAAUGUUUCCUUCGAAAGAAUUGGACAAAGCCACUGAUCAUUACAAUGUGAAUAGAACGCUGGGCCAGGGAGGCCAAGGAACAGUUUACAAAGGGAUGUUGGCUGAUGGAAAAAUCGUUGCAGUCAAGAAAUCCAAAGUAAUUGAUGAAGGGAAUCUCAGACUAUUUAUCAUCGAGGUCGUCCUUCUAUCCCAGAUUAACCAUAGAAAUGUGGUUAAGCUUUUGGGUUGUUGUUUAGAGACUGAACUUCCAUUGUUAGUCUAUGAAUUCAUUCCCAAUGGAACCCUUUUCCAGUUUCUCCAUGACCCUAAUGAGGAAUUCCCUUUAGCUUGGGAAAUGCGCUUAAGGAUUGCAGCAGAGGUAGCAGGGGCACUUUUCUAUCUACAUUCAGCAGCCUCCCUCCCCAUUUUCCAUAGAGACAUCAAGUCUACAAACAUACUGCUUGAUGAGAAGUAUAGAGCCAAAGUUGCAGAUUUUGGGACUUCAAGGUCGGUAAGCAUCGACCAGACUCAUGUCACAACUCUGGUACAAGGCACCUUUGGGUACUUGGAUCCAGAGUACUUCCAAUCAAGCCAAUUCACAGACAAGAGUGAUGUCUAUAGCUUUGGUGUAGUUCUUGUUGAGCUACUUACUGGGCAGAAGCCAAUCUCGUUCACAAGAUCAGAAGAACAAGGCAGAAGUUUAGCCACAUAUUUCAUAAUGGCCAUGGAGAGCAACUGCCUGUUUGAUAUUCUUGAUCCUCAGGUUGUGAAGCAAGGGGAAAGAGAGGAUGUGUUGAUGGUUGCUAGCUUGGCUAGGAGCUGCUUGAGGUUAAAUGGGAAAGAAAGGCCUACGAUGAAAGAAGUGACAAUGGUGUUGGAGAGGAUUAAAAAAUCCGAAAACUUGAUCGUCCAACAAGAGAAUGAAUACGACAGAAAUGAAGUGAUGGGAGCACCUUGGGAUGUUACUUCUGCCUCAACAAUCUCCAGCUUCGAUAUUUGUGCUCCAUCAUCACUAGAUGAAAAACCACUCUUACAUACAUGUUGAAAUUAUUUACUACAUGUUUUAAUUUUGUGUCUGUAUGUGAAACUUAAAUAGGCUUGUGGCAUUGGUUUUAGACUUACAGCACUUGCCGCCUUUUUUCUUGUAAUUGUGUGCUCUAGCUGCCUGUAAUUAGAAACUAAAGCUUGUUAACAAUUUUUAGUGCACGUGCAUAUAUA